AUGGACGUGUUUUGUUUUCCCAAUUUCAAGGGCGCAAACAGUCACGGUCAGCUUGGCAUCGGCUGUACGGAAGAUAAGGAUGAGCCAACGCCUGUUGCGACCUCCUUGAAACCGGAUAUCAUUACUGGAGGUGGAGUGUUUAGCGUGUUGGUUGAAGGGUCCACAAUAUGGGGAGCCGGUCAGCUGGGUCCGAAAGAGGAAUCGGAGCGGCAGACUAGAUUGCGAAUGUUAGGCAAGGUGGAGGAAGGUAUCAAGGCUGUAUCGUGUGGUUGGGAUUUCCUCGUGGUUCUCUCGAAAACUGGAAAGGUCUAUUUCAGGGGCCACAACAGCCCUGGUUUCGUCUUCAACAAGUCGACACCCAUGUGGAUUGGUGAGCUAUCGCCAGUGGUGUUGGAUGUUGCUGAGACAAGGCAUAUCGGAGCCGGACUGCGUCACGUAGUUGUGGUUUCAUGCACAGGUGAGGUGUUUGAGUGGAAGGGUGGUAAGGUGCGAGAGGUUGUUGUGGACAAAAAGGGUGCAAUAUUGGGCUGUUCGACUGGAGCACACCAUACCGUAUUGUGGACAGACGAUGGGUGUGUCGGUGUGUGGGGAGAUGUACGCUUUGGGCAGGGAGGCCCGUCGAUGGAUGAGGCGGACGGACUUCCUCGAAGGAGUGGUCGCGUGCUGUGGAUUUCUAGCGCUUGCUUUCUCAACGAGCGAGUUGUUGAUGUGCAGUCAGGCUGGAGUCAUAUUCUUGCACUCACAGAAAGUGGCAAGGUCUUCUCUUGGGGUCGUUGUGACUUUGGUCAGCUCGGACGCACGAUCGGUGGAGCGGCAAUGACAAGCAUGGCGUGGCCACAAAGUGGUAGUGUUUUUGAUGCCACGCCAGAUGUAGUAUCGCUGCCCGCCUCCAGCGUUCGAUUGAUAUCAGCGGGAGCUGAGCACUGUUUGGCUGUGAUCGGUGAGACGGAGGUUUGGAUGUGGGGCUGGAACGAGCAUGGGAAUUGUGGUGCUGUGGAGACAUCACCAGCAUCAGCAUCGUCGGCGGAUGCAGUGGUUGUGAGGAUGUCGGAGGGUGGUGCGUCUCGGUUGCCGUUAUCAAGGCGAGAAGGUUGGUGUGUAGCGUUGCCGAGGCGAGUCUCAUUUGCUGGGAAGGGGAAGGUGGUCUUAGCGGCUGCCUGCUAUGGCUACUCUAUGGUAUUCACAGACACGUGA